AUGGCGCCGUCCGCGCAGCUGGCCGCCGACCUGCAGCUCACUGCGUCGCGGCUGCUGGCGCAGACGCUGCAGGCCGAGUCGCCCGUGACGCGCUUCCACCCGAGCCAGCAGCCGGACCAGUGGAAGCUCGUCGGCGACCGCAACGGCCUGCAGCUCUACCGCGAGCGCGGCUUCGCUAAGGGAAAUGCCGUGCGGGUGAACGCGCUGGGCCAGAUGCCCGGCAGCCUGGAGGACGUGCUGCUGGGGCUCUACGCCGCCACCAACGGCGCGCUCAAGACGCAGCGCGCCAUCAUGCACGGCGACUUCCUGGACGCGGCCGUGCUGCACGUGCUGGAGGAGGAUCCGCACAGUGAGGACGACACGGGCUUCUCCUUCCGCUUCGCGGGGCUCAAGUGGCUCGCCUGCGCCCCCACGGGCAAGCUGGUGCACAAGCGGGACCUGUGCUGGCACGAGGAGCUCGGACGCACGCAAGACGCCAACGGGGACGAGGUGGGCUAUCUGGUCAUGCAGUCGGUGAGGGUGGACGAGUGUCCGCCGUUCGAGCAGCAGGGACUCACCAGGUCCACCGCUUCGGUGUGCUACAUCUUCCGCCCGCUCCCUAACAACCUCGUGGCGGUCUACAUGAAGGGCCAGCACGCGGUCGGAGGCAAGUCAAGGGCCUGGAGCGCAGACUCCAUCAUGGCGGAGCUUUGGCUUGGCGUCGCUAGUGCGUUGGAAUGCACCAAGGCCAAGCGACUGUCGAAGCUCGUGAGCGGCAAGGAGAUGUUCGUCACCAGCGCACAGAGCAAAAUGUGCGAUAUCUGCGACUCGAAGCUCAAGAUGCUCAAGAGCAACCACAACUGCAAGAUCUGCGGCAAGAACGUGUGCGACCGCUGUCGGAUGACCAAGUUCAUCUACCCGUCGCGCAACACGGGG